AUGUCCAAUGACAGCGACUAUGUAGACUCAGAGACUGGCGAUAUCAACCUAUCUCCUGGAAUGGGUUGGUCGACUAUCACGCACGUAUGUCGGCGUUGGCGGGCACUGUCAAUUCAGCAUGCCAAUCUUUGGACUACAAUCCCGCUUCACCUUUGCACGCCAUGGCUUCAGCAGAUCAUCGACCGUUCUGCCGGCCUUCCUCUAGACAUCAUUCUUCCGUGCGACACCGAUCAAGAUGUGGCUCGUCAAAUCCUCGCUGGCAACAUCCAUCGCAUACGCAGCAUACACGCCGAGUGCGGCUUUCAUAUCAUCGAGUCGCUCCUUUCGACCCAUCGCGCACCUCUAUUAGAACGACUCGAGGUUGACGGCGAUUGGUUCCAGAAUCCUUGGAACCUUCCCUCUGAGUUAAUGAACACUUGUCCACUCCUCUCAGAGCUCAGCGUGGCCGCCAUUACUCGAGUCCCCAAGUUACACCAAGGCGUGCUUCCCAUCACUCGUCUCACCAUCGCAUCCACCUCCUUCGCUCCAUCUCGAGAAGAUCUCGCCGAUCUCCUCCGAUCGCUUGCUUCGGUGCGAUUCCUACAACUAGAGGAUUGCCUCACUGCUUCGAGCUUAGGAAAUAUACUACCUGACCCGCUUGAUCUAUCCCUAUUGGAGACUCUGAUUCUUCGGGGGCCAGCCAGCAUGUGCGGCGAUGUCUUACGAUCUGUCACACUUCCGCCCUUCGCGCGCGUGGCAUUAUAUCUGCUACCAGACCCGGUCGAGGUUGUGAACAUGCAUACAUGCUAUGACACCUCCAAAUACAUGGAAUGCUCUGGCCUUAAUUGGUUGUACGGCAUGGUGGCAAAUUCGGACUACCAAUUCCUUCGAGUUUCCUCCCUCAAAUCCGCCGAGCGAGUUCAUAUUAGGACGUAUAUCACCAUCACGGCCGAUCGUGAUGGUCGUGGGAGCAUCUCAGAGGGAUAUAUGCACGACAUACCGACUUUGGCAUACGGAUAUCGCGGGCCCACGUGCGCGGAUCUAAAAGUCGUCUGCAUGUUUCAACCACCCUUCGGUCCCAUACCCCAGGCAGGCCUUCCAGAAGGCGUACUCGGGCGUACAAUGAAGCUGCUUUCUCUUGCAUCCUUCGCGAUACUCUCCCUCGAUAUCGACGCCCUCGCCAGUAGCAUGGACAGUCCGCCGUGGAACUCCGCAUCUUGGCUCUCCACCCUUGCGGGCGCAAACAGAGUUGGGUCUUUGGAGCUUAUCUCGACUCUGGACGAGAGCUCUUUCCGUCACGGGGCUGCUGUAAGCAGUAGCUCUUAUGCAUCUCUAUUGCUGGCGCUCGCAUCGAUGGAUGAUGAUCAGGCGUAUCAUCUCAUGCCGCACCUCCGCUUUCUCAGUCUCGUGGACGUCUAUGCCGAUGCGACGAGCGACGACAUCAACGUAGAGCGGGCAUUGAGGGAGUUGGUGAGGUCACGGCGUUGGAGGGCAGGAGAUGUACAGGUGCACUAUCCCACUACCAUGUGGCAACAUCAGUACCUUAGCAAGUAUCAGGGCUCGCUCAAGCUCGCACAGACCAUGGCUCUAGGCCUGGACCAUGACUGGCAGCUAGAAGAGCUUAAAAAGGCAGUACUGAACUCGGAUGAAGAAUCUUCGGAGUAUCGAUCAUAUUUCCGAAUGUAA